GAUUGGUACAGGUAGAAUGGAAAAGUGGACAUAAGCAGGGCAGGUACAAUUUUGUGCAGGAGUGGAUUCAUUAAUCUGCGUUUGAGGUGGGUGAGGUCUACCUAGUGAACAGUGUAGUUUAUUUUCCGGAAUACAGAAGCCAUGAAGAGAGAACUUUGAAUUUCUCAGUCACUGCAGAACAGCCGGCCCACUGAGUCCCUCCAGCGUUCCGUGCUUGGAUUUCUAGCAGCUGCAACUCCUCUUGCGUUAAAUCCUUCCGAAUUAGUGACACUGCGUUUGGAGCUGCCGUUACACUUUGUACCCGACAGUGAAAAACAAGACUUUGUUUGGCAAGGUAAACGUCAGGCUGGCAGCUUGACUGCUAUCACGUGAAAUUCUGGAAAUCGAGCGGAAGUAGUUUUCCGGCUUGCGGCUGUCGUUUUGUAGCUGGCUAAACGUACUGUGGGACCGUGCCUUGUAUUGCAACAAAACAAAAGGAGGGUUGGGGUUAAAGUAAGUUUGAAUCCAGCGGACCGUGUUCACUAACUAGGAAGCCGCGGCGACGGGAGCGGGACCCUGGCUUGUUGACUGACAGCGGGCUAUUGGACCCGCCCCCAUCCGAGCCACCAGGUAACAGCGGAGACGUCGCGACCGAAUCUGGAAGCGGGAAGUCGCUGGAGCUCCGGACAACUUCUGGGCCAAUCUGUGGACAUGAGUAGUACCGUGAGGAUACUAAGUUACCCACAUUCUUCUCAAGAAUGUACCUCACAGAACAGACCAGAGGAAAAUGAUGAAACAGACUGCGAGAGUUCUCUUUCAACAUCACAGAUCCCAUCAUGUGACGCUUACAGGCCAGUGCCAGGGAAUUGGUGCUCCACUGACCAUUUCAGACAACUCUCUCAGUCUCCAACAUGCUCUGAUGCCUUAUCUAAAGGUGCUGACAGUACUUGUGGUGGCACUCCAUUUUAUCAUAUGAAUAACUGUAGCAGUUCUCCUUCAAGUCAUGGUCAACAUUGGCACACCUCAAUGGGAUGUGAUAGUUUUGUAUCUGGUGACAAUUUGAUGCAGAGUGCCAGCAUGACUUAUUCACUGCAAAAUGGGGGCAUACCAUUAUCAGCAGUUGCAUCACAUGGCACGCUUGGACUAACGCACCUUGAACCAGGGCUUCCUUUGUUGUCUUACCAAGUUCGACCAGGCAGUCCUUUCUUGCAACAGAGCCCUUGCCAACCUGGUGUUUCUGUGUAUGUUCCUGAACCGCGUUGCUUUCCUCUUGCACCACUCAGAAGAGUAGACCUCAGCCCUUUUGGGACACCAGGUUUCAUUCCUCCAAAUGGUCCUGUAAAUUUUUCUUUACAGAGGCCACCUGCUCCCACAGAUCCAGUAAAUACAAAUAUGCCAGUCAGUGUGCCACUUCCUCCUGAACAGAGAAAAGUCUUUGUGACAUAUGCAACAGAUAAUGACAAGCAUGUUGGAGAAGUCAUCAGUUUCGUUGCUUUACUGAUCAAGAAUGGAUUUGAAACUCAGAUUGAUAUAUUUGAACAGCAAUUCAGAAGUAUAAACAAAAUUGACUGGAUGGAAAGAUACAUAAAUGAUAAAGACUACCUGAUCAUUAUCAUCAUUAGCCCUAAAUACUAUGAAGCGGUUACAUCUCACAACUUUGACAUCAAAAAUGAUGAACAUGCUUUGAAUUCUGUCUUUAUUUAUAAACAGCUGCAAAAUGAAUUCAUUCAGAAUGGAAGCAGAAAUUUCAGAUUUGUUCCCAUUAUUUUUCCGGGCGCGUGCAUGCAACAUGUUCCUUCAUGGCUUCAAAAUACGCAUGUCUACAACUGGCCGAUGCAGCGUCAAGAUAUCCUACGAAGGUUAAUGCGUUUGGAAAAGUACAACCCACCUCCAGUUGGUGAACUUCCCACCAUUAUACAGAAAUCUAUUUAAUGCAUUUGGAAUUUGUUGCUAUAAAUGUCAGAAGAAAUGCAUGAGCUAGUUAAGUCCAUACAUUUUCUUGGUGAUUUGUAAGUACCAUGGCAAAGAUCAGACAAUUCGCUAGAGGUCUGGUAACCCUGAUUUCCCGAGUUACUCACUUCAGAAUAUUUUGGAAUCUUUUAAGAUUUGCUACCCUUUGACAUGGAUAUACAUUUGAUAUGAACGUAAUUCACCUCUGAGAUGAGGUGGAUGGGAAAACCAGAAGAAAUGUUCAAACGUUAAUCUGACUUUGUAUUUGGAAGGUUACUUUCCACUUUGAGGCUUCUUUUUGCAGCCACAUUUGCUAUUACGUUCAGUGAUAGGAGUGUUGGAUUAAAGAU